AUGCAGGGUACCCUCGACUUCCCAUACGACUGGUCAACCUUCUCUGCCCAGGACCUGCAACCCGAGCAACCCCAGUCUCAUGCAUCCGCUAAGGGAGAGCUCCUCACAAUCGCCUCUCUGGAAUCCCUCCAGGAGGAGGCUGUCGGCAGCCCAGUGUCAGUCCUGCGGCGCCAAGGCACGUCGCCAGGCUCGGCAACCUCCGUCUGCAGCACCAAGCCUCUCGCAGCGGUCCAGUCGAGCAACAAUCUGCUCUCAGGCGAUACUCACGACGGCCUCCACUUGGGAGAAGCAGGGGGGUUGCCUGGGCGGGUGCUUCUGUACCCGGACUUUUACCAAGAGGAUGGGGACGGAGAGGAUUUCAGCGGCGUAAUGGAGGAUGACGAGAUGUGGGCGUCGCUCGGCUCUCCCGAAGCUCCGCACGGCUGGCUUGCCGCUGCUUGCUUGGCCACCUGCUGGCCCAAGGCGCCUCGGUCUAAGAGGCGCCGGGUUUCCAUGGAGGUUUCUUGCGCUGAUGCGAGUGCAGUGUCUGCCUCCGUUGGUGCUGCUGCAAGCGAUGACAGCAAGGGCCAUGACGGGUCCGAGGUAUUCACUGUGGCUGAUUCUGCCAAUUCUGACGGCCUCCACGUGGCUGCUGAUUCUGGAUCAACCAGCUUUGCUUCUGCGUCUGCUUCUCCGUCUGCCUCUGCGUCCCUCUUCGCGUCCAGUAUCCCAAGAGCUCUCUCGUCUGACACCCUGCCAGCAGUCACAGCUCCGCAGUCGACUGCAUCUGCAGCAGCAGCAGGAGCAACUUCCUGGGUGCAGCCGCGCACGGCGUUCCUGCAGGCCCUUCUGGAGGACGUGAGAAGGCCAAAGCGCAUGCGUGGCUCAGCUGCUCCUUCUGCCUCUUUCCGGUUCGGAAUGAUGGAGGAGAGCCACGAUGGGGCAACCAGCGAUUCCCCUGCUGCCCACGCACGUGGGCUGCCUCGCACCCCUAAGAACAAGAGAGACGCCGCUACAGCGUUUGGUGGCACCACGGCUCUGGGCGUCCUUCACUUGGUGCCUGGUUCGUCCAGCAGUGGGAGUCCUUAUGCCUCGGAGUAUGCAGAGACGUGGAAUUCACCCUCUGGUUCCGGCUCCCCUGGCUGGUCAGAUGCGGCGGCUGGUGCUGAUGGUUCUCCUGGUGCUGGUGCUGGCUCCGGGCCCAAGACCCUCUGCAAUGCAUGUGGCGUGCGGUUCAAGAAGGGGAAGCUGUGUCCAGAGUACCGGCCUGCUAACAGCCCGGAGUACGAGGAGAGCAAGCACUCAAACCAGCACCGCAAGAUACUGGCCAUGCGCAGCAACAUGACUGUUGCCGCCAGCUGA